AACUCCCUCUAUGCUGCGCUCGAAAAAGAAAAGGCUUUGAAUACCACCUGUGGAAGGCAGCCGUCGUAAGCCAUAAAGUUUAACUUUCAGAUAUUUAGCUCAAACAUGUAAAGUUGUAAAAAAUGCGGCGAAAAAAAAAAACAUAAAAAAACAUACUAACAGCAGUGGAGUUAAACUGAAGAGAUAGACGCAAUAUACAGGGAUAAGCUUGCCGACAAGGUUACACAAAUACGACAUCGGGACAACCAGCGUUCAGUGUUCGUUUUAUUGGUCGCUUUCUUAUGAGAAGGUGAACACUACUUAAAACGGAUUUGUUGACUUGCGCUCGUCAUGAGAAUGACAACUCGAACGAGAGGAACCUGCCUGACCAUUCUGAUAAUCGUAAUAUCGCAGCUUCUAUAUGCCCAACAGGGAAGUGCAAAACGCCACAACCUUAAACACGGCGCCCCUCUGGACCAUAGAGGAAAAGGCGCUGUCACUCGGCCGCCACCGCUGCCUCCUUCAAGAUUUGCAAUGGUUACGCGGUCACUCCUUUGUGAGUUGUGCAGCCGGGUAUGGAUAUCCUACAGCAAGAGAUGUGUGGACAAGAAAAUAAAGCCCCUAUGGAACUGCGAUGAUGUGGACCGUGUAUUCGAGGAAGAACACGCUUAUGAACUAGGCCGUGCAGGUAGAUGCUUGGGAAAACUCGAAAACCAAUUCAUUGAAGAUUGUCAAAAGGUUUCAGAUAGGACGUUUGAGGAACCUGCGGACAACUUGGAUUCGCAAGGCUAUAACUAUGAAGAAGCUGACAUGGCAGCAAUGUCUCCGAGUGGCACCUCGGAUUACGAAGAGUCUGACGCGCCCAUCGGCUGGAGAACCAUACAAGGCGAAUGGUUUCAGAAGCACCGACAUGAAAUUUCCCCUUCAGAGAAAUAUUCUGUUUAAGCAUGGAGCUGAGCCCACGAUAUCGCACAUCGUUGACAGAUCGGCGGUGGCCGUGGGAGUUAUCCUUGUUCCACAUCUGCGCCAUCAAGUAGUCAACGGGAACCUGAAAUAUGUAUCGUGAGCGCCCGCAAACAAUAGUAUUUUCACUACACAAGUGAACGAUAAUCGGAUUGUAAACAAUAAAAAGAAAAAAAAAACUGCUGGUCAGGGUAUAAAAAGGAUUCCCUUUUACGACGUCCUUUGCAUAAUCGCUGUAAUUUGUGUCAUUAUUAGAUGUGCCAUGCCAUGCUGU